AUGAAUUUAUUUAAGGUUGCGGAUUUAUACGUAUCUAGAAUUGUCAAUUCAAAGGCAAAGCCAAAUGCAAAUGCUGAAGAAAGCACUAAGAUAAAAGCUUUAUUAUUAGAUAAAGAUACGGUAACUACGAUUUCUAUGUGUUCUACACAAACAGAAUUACUACAGAAUGAGGUGUAUUUGGUAGAUACGUUGGAAAAUCCAAACAGGGAUACCAUGCGUCACAUCAAAUGUAUGGUUUAUAUAUCUCCUUCAGAAGAAAGUAUUCAAUUAUUGGUAAAAGAAUUGCAAAAUCCUAAAUAUGGAGAGUAUCAUAUUUUUUUCAAUAAUAUGGUCUCGAAGUCUCAAUUGGAAAGGUUGGCGGAAGCAGACGACAUGGAAGCUGUAGUUAAAGUCGAAGAAAUAUUCCAAGAUUAUCACAUUUUAAAUGAAGAUUUAUGUACCUUGGAUUGUUCUAAUGAUUUAUUAUUUCGAAAUUUUGAACUAUGGGAUGAAGAUGGAUUACGUACGGUAACAGAGAGUAUUACAUCGUUACUUUUGUCUUUAAAAUUAAGGCCUCAAAUAAGGUACGCUACUAAUAGUAAAUUAUGCGCAAAACUAGCCAAAGAAGUAGAGUUUUCAAUAUCUCAGAAUGACACUUCAUUGUUUGACUUUCCUACGAUGGAUACCACACCAAUUCUGCUAUUGUUAGAUCGUAAGAAUGAUCCAUUAACACCUCUUUUACAACCGUGGACUUAUCAAAGUAUGAUUCAUGAGUAUAUUGGGGUCAAAAGAAAUAUUGUUGAUUUAUCUAAAGUAGAUAAUAUUGAUAAAGAUUUGCAAAAAGUUACCUUAUCUGCUAAGCAAGAUCCAUUCUUCCAUGAUACUAUGUAUUUGAAUUUUGGUGAAUUAGGCGAUAAAGUUAAGCAAUAUGUAAUUAAUUAUAAAGAUAAAACUCAAUCAAAUACUAAGAUUGAAACUAUUGAAGAUAUCAAGGGAUUCAUAGAGAAAUACCCAGAAUUUAGAAAAUUAUCAGGAAACGUUUCCAAACAUAUGGCGAUCGUUGGUGAAUUAGAUAAACAAUUGCAAUUGAGAGAUAUAUGGGGUGUUAGUGAAUUAGAGCAAAAUAUUUCUGUUCAUGAUGAUAAUCAAGAGGAUUACCAGCAAUUACUGACCCUAUUAGACUCUCAGAAAUUAGACAAUUUUUAUAAAUUAAAAUUAUCAUGUAUUUAUAUGCUAAGACAUGGUAAUUCAAAUCCAAGACAAAUGGACAAUUUAAUUUCAAGAUUAAAAAGUAGUUCUAUGCCUAUUGAAGAUGUUAAUCUAUUAUUAAAGAUUAAAAAAAUGUUCCAUACAGAUUUUUCAAAUAAUACUUCAGUAGAUAAUAUGAAAAAAACUAAUAACGUAUCUGAUCAUCUAUUAAGCGAUUUAGCUAGAAGAUUUAAUGAUAAAUUAAAUUCAAGGAAUAAUAAUAAUUCAACGAUGUCUGAUAAUGUAUUCAUGCAGCAUUUACCUGAAAUCUCACAUAUAUUGACUGAACUAUCAACAAACAAAUUAUCAAUAGAAAAAUAUAAAUAUUUAAAGGAACCUUCAAGUAUUCGUAAUACUUUACCACCUCAGGAUACGGUUGUAUUCAUAGUUGGUGGUGUUACAUAUGAAGAAGCGAAAAUUAUUCAUGAGUUUAAUCAAGAUAUUUCUAAAAAUAAUAACAACAUGAGAGUUGUUCUAGGUGGUAAUGAUAUUCUAUCUACGAGAGAAUUCUUGAGAAGUUUACGUUUAUAA